AUGGCGGCGGAUGCCGGUGAGGAGACGCACAAGGACGAGGCCAUGACGUGCAGCCAGCGGCUCCGCAAUGGUUUGGCGCGCCGCCAGCCAGCUCCCGGCCCCGGCGUCGUCCGAUCCGCCGGCGGGAGGCCCCUACGACGCCGCCCCAGGCCGGCCGCCCCUUCUCCUUCACUCCUCCCGGACCAGCCGCCCCUCCUCGACUCCUCCCCGCCCGCCCCGACGUCCAUCCUCGCCCUGCAGCAGGAGGCGUCCGCAGGCCCGCCGGCCCGCCCGCCCUCCGUUCCCCCCGCCCGGCAGCAGGACGCGCCCGGCCUCCGCCCGGCCAGGAUAGCUGGAGCCAAUAACCGCGCUCCAGGACACACCACUUUGUCCGAUGUAGGCCAAGUUAAUUUGCUUACUAAGUUUAAUGAGCGCUCCGGGAGAAACUAUUCUCACCAACAAUUAAGAAACCGGUGGGAUGCAUGUAGAAGUGAUUAUGCCAUAUGGAAGACAUUGCUUCAAAAAGCUUCGGGCAUCGGAAGAGAUCCUUAUACAAAGACCAUUGCUGCUACGGAUGAGUGGUGGGCAUUGGAGUUGAAGGCACGUCCGCAGGCUACCAAGUAUCGGCAUGCUCCACUUGCGGAGGAGGACAAAAUGGAGGAGGUGUUUGAUGCUUGUUGUGUCACAAACGAGCAUGCGAGAGUGCCAAUUCCCACAUAUCAAGGUUCUACGUCUCGAAUCAAUUUGGAUGAUGAGUCUGGUUGUGAAGGUGACAAAACUGAAGUUACACCUCGUGCGAAUCGUGCAAAUGUUGGGAAGAAGAGGGCAUCUCCUUAUUCCCCAAGUCCUAAGGCGAAUGAAAAGUGGGCAAGUGAGCAUGCAAAGAAUGAGGCAUUUGUUCGUAUGGUGGACCUCUUUGAUUCAAGGAACAAGAGAGAUGAGACUCAAGUUUCAGCAAGACAAGAGAUUCAUGAAAUGAUGGCCAUGGUAGAAGCAGAUGGUGGUGCACCUGGGAGUGAUGUUCAUUUCUAUGCUUCACAGCUAUUCAAGGAUCAGAAAAAUCGUGAUGUUUUCUCUGCCUUCAAGACUCACGAGCCUAGUGCGAGGCUGAUAUGGAUAAACAAAGCAUGGGAGUUCAACAAUAAGUAGAACCUUUAUGUUUCGAAUGCUUUCAACUUGUAUCGUAGUGAACUAUGUUCUGAUUGCUUUCAACUUGUAUCGUACUGUCCUAUAUUAUUCGCUUUGAACCCAUGUAUUUCCUUUGAACUUGCAUCCUAUUCAACUAUGUUAUGGUUUGAACCAAA